AUGAAUAUUGUUAGUCCUUUUGUUACUCCAGUUAUCGACAUAAUCUCUCGUCUAUGGAGUUGUUCAGCUGCCCAGAGUAAUUAUCUAUGUGAUUUAAAACAAAAUUUAAAUGCUUUAGAGAGUUCCUUCAUGAAACUGAAAGAUCGAAGAGAUGAUGUAAAGGCAAGGGUUCAUAUCGCAGAGUCAAACCCAACAGACCCAGCACGACGUACCCAUGAGGUUCGUGGUUGGCUACAAAGAGUGGAAACCUUGGAACAACAAAUUGAAAACAUAUUACAAGAAGGUAUCAAAAAUGGAGGAAAAUAUUUUUGUUGUUGGGGUCGAAAAAACUGUUGUAGUGGUUAUAAACUGGGCAAGGUAGUGGUUGAAAAGCUUAAUGAUGCGGACAAGCUCUGGAAUGAAGGUGUCUUCCAAGUGCUGGUUACUAUAUCUCAACCCGAUGUUGUUCGUGAGAUAUCCGUCUAUCAAGCUCUUGGAAUGGACCAAAUGAUCGACGAAGUAUGGAGUUUGUUGGUUGAUGAGCAAAGUACUGUAAGAAUUAUAGGCUUAUAUGGAAUGGGUGGAGUUGGAAAGACAACUCUUUUGAAGAAACUAAACAACGAAUUUCUCAAAAGAAACCAUCAUUUUGAUUUAGUCAUUUGGGUUGUGGUGUCUAAGGAUCUGAAUAUCAAAACUGUUCAAAAACAGAUUAGCAAGUCACUCGGGUUGACAUGGGGAGACGAAACGAAUAUAGAUGACCGAGCCAAAGAUAUAAACCAAGUGCUGAAAAACAAAAAGUUCGCAUUAUUCUUGGAUGACAUUUGGGAUCGAGUUGAUUUACAAAAAGUUGGGAUUCCAUAUGUCAAAAUUACAAAUCAAGAACUAACCAAGAAGUCUAGAGUUGUAUUCACUACCAGAUCCGAGUUUGUGUGCGGGCUUAUGCAAGCGGAUGAAAUUGUCAAAGUUAAUUGUUUGGAUUGGGAUAAAUCGUGGCGCCUUUUUCAACAAAACGUCGGACAAAGAGUGCUAAGUAGUCAUAAUGUAACUGAGCUUGCUGAAAAAGUUGCGAAAGAAUGUCUUGGUCUUCCUCUAGCACUGAUCGCUAUUGGUCAAACCAUGGCCUGUAAAAAGACAGUCCAAGAAUGGCAGCACGCGGUCACGGUUCUACAAAAAUCAGCAUCUGAGUUUCAAGGCAUGGUUGAUGAAGUGUUGGCCAUAUUGAAGUUCAGCUUUGAUAGCUUGCAAAAUGAAAAACUGAAGUCUUGUUUAUUAUAUUGCUCGUUAUACCCAGAUGACUAUUCAAUUCGUAGAGUUGAACUAAUUAGACUUUGGAUUGGAGAAGGAUUCUUAGAUGAAGUUGAUGAUAUAGAUGAGGCUUAUAACGAAGGUCACGACGUGAUUGAAAGUCUCAAAAGCGCAUGUUUGUUAGAAAGUGGUAAUGACAGAAAUGGAAAUGAGGUAAAAAUGCAUGAUGUGGUUCGUGAUUUGGCACUUUGGAUAUCCUCAGAUCUUGGUAGAAAAAAAGGUAACUAUUUAACAAUUCAAGCACAAAACAAACUGAAGCUUCAUGAAUGGGAGAAGGCAGUUAAGAUCUCUGUAGUAAACAAUAGAUCAAUUAAAGAACUUAAUGGAGCACCAAAUUGCUUGAAUCUCUCAACAUUGCGGCUUCACGGAAGUAAGGUGGAAACGAUAUCUGACGACUUCUUCCAAUCUAUGCCCAUGCUUAAAGUUUUAGAUAUGUCUGAUUUGCUUAUAGAAAAGCUCCCAAUAAGUAUUUUCACACUUACGGAAUUACAUUAUCUUGACUUAUCAUGUGACAAUAUAGGAUUUGGUGCAACUAAACUAAGUCCAGGGACUUUAGUUCGUCUUACAAAAUUAAGGAUGUUGGAUUUAUUUGGUUCGGAUUUAAGCAAUUGGGAAAUAGAAGGAGGACCAAGUCUGAGCGAGUUGGAAUGCUUAAAAGACUUAAAUUAUCUCGGAAUCAGCUUAGAGACGGUUCUUGCUCUUCAAAGAUUAGUAAGUAGUCACAAAUUGCAGUUGUGCACUAAACUGUUAAAGGUUUACAAAUGUCAAGGCAUCGAAACGCUCGUUUUAUCACCGUCGUUUUUCCCAACAUCACCAGCAUCAUCAUUGGUUAGUCUGGCAAACAUGGUAAGUCUAAAAACACUUCAUCUCCAAUGGUGUAGGGAGUUAGAAGAGUUGCGAAUCGUGAGUUGGGUAAGUAUGGAAGAUAAGCUUACUUUGUUCGCGACAUUGGAGAAAUUUAAAAUUUGGCAGAUGCCAAAGUUAAAGAUUGUGUGGGAUGUGCCUCAACGGUCGACAUUCAGCUUUAUGAACCUUAAAGAUGUAAGUAUUUGGCAUUGUCCUAAACUGAAGAAUUUAACAUGGCUGAUAUAUGCUCAGAAUCUUGAGACACUUGAUUUGCAACAACUGAACGGAUUGGAAGACGUAAUUUCUGAUGGGUUUGAAGCCGAAGAGAAUUUAUUGAAUACGUUUCCGAGACUGAAUAGUUUGUUUUUGGGCAGCAUGUCAAAACUAAAGAGAAUAUGUAACAAGAGUGUUAAAUUUCUUUCUUUGGAGCAUUUUCAAGUGAGGUACUGUCCAAGAUUGAAGAAGCUACCUUUUGAUGCCAAUAGCGUGAUCAUAAAGACUUUAAUGAUUCAAGCAUCCAAGGAAUGGUGGGAAAGCCUAGAGUGGGAAGAUGAAACCACCAAAUAUAAUCUUGCUCGUCAUAACCGUUUUUAUUAGUUUGCAAAUUUACAUUAGCUUCUACUGGCAUGGAGGAGGGCUUCCAUUAUGUACGUAU